GUGCUUUAGUUGGUUGGCGUAGCUGCUUCAUAUCGGACGGUUUGAUUUCAAACGGAUAUUUGGUUGGUUCAACCGCUUAGUGAUAGGCGUUAAACUUUUGCGCGAUCGGCCAACAGAGCAACUGUACCAAGUGAGGGAGUUCACUAAGUCACCGUGUCACGGUUGGACUUUAAUAAAAGUGUGUAAAACAGCUGUGCGUCGCGCUCUUUGUCUUUUUCUGUUUAUUUUAGUACUCGUACCAAAAAAGGAGUUUUUUAUUUUGUUUUUUCGAUCGUUGAUGUUGUUCUGAUCCCGUCCGUACUUAUGUAUAUACAGUGAAGCAAGCAAAUAGGAUUUUUUGUGUCAGCUUAGCAUUAAUCGUUUUGUUUGGCGCGUAUAAUUGUUUAUGUUUUUGGAUCUCUAAAAAUCGUGUCUUACAAAGUUGUAUGACCAGUUUUGAACGUGCUGCUCAUAUUUUAAUGCCAGCGCACUUGCCAUAAACUUCAGUUCCGUGGAGUGCAAUAUUGCGUUUGUUCGCUGCUGCAGUGAUCGAUUGCAUUUUAAACUUACUUGAAGAAGGUAGUGGAAAGUGUAAGAAAUCAUGACCGACUCUAUUGCAGCCAAGGCUGAAGAAUUUGAGUCUUUGACUACAACAAAUGGUAGAAAUGGCAGAAUACCACAAAUUGUUGCCGGCCUCAAUAAGCCAGCAAAACAAAUACCGCUCGGUGAACAAAGUCGCGCUGUACGUCGUCAAGGAUUAAUGGUUAUCCUCGGCAAUAUAGGGCUACUCUCCGCGGGUAUGGCCUUAGGUAUGCCUACAGUCACCAUGCGUCAGCUCACUGACCCCAAUGAGGCUGUCCAUCUUAGCGAAUCGCAGGCGUCUUGGUUUGCUUCGAUCAACACUCUUUCAUGCCCACUCGGUGGCCUUCUGUCUGGUAUUCUGCUGGACAAAUUGGGUCGUAAAAAUACUCUCAUCGUAUUGAAUGUGAUUGCUUUGUUUGCUUGGGCAUUGAUGGCGUUAGCGAUAGAGAGCAAUGUGGAUGUCGUUUUUAUACAAUUACUGGUGUCACGAUUUUGUAUUGGUAUUACUAUGGGCAUUGCAAGCGCGCCAGUUGGAGUCUACUCUGCAGAAAUUAGUUUGCCGCGCAUACGUGGACGCCUCAUUCUGGGCACUUCGGUAGCGAUUUCUGCAGGCAUUAUGGUUAUCUAUAUAAUUGGAUAUUUUAUACGCAACGACUGGCAAUUGAUUGCAAUGCUUUGUUGUGCCUAUCAAAUCGUGGCUAUGUUUUGCGUCAUUCCAAUGCCUGAGUCACCCAGUUGGCUGGUGUCCAAGGGACGUUAUGAGGAGGCAAAGAAGGCGUUGAAUUAUUUUCGCGGCAUGGAGAAGUCUAGUGAAAUUACACAUCCGGAAGUGCAGGCCGAAUUCAAUCUGCUGCAGAAGUCUAUACAGCUGGGUGAGGGUGUAAAGAAACCGCCCUUCUUGGAGUGCAUACGCCAACCAGAGGUCUACAAGCCGCUUCUCAUACUCAUGGGUCUCUUCGCUUUCCAACAACUGACCGGCAUUUUCGUUGUUGUCGUCUAUGCUGUGCAGAUUUCGCAAGAGGCUGGCGUCACAAUAGAUCCCUUCAUGUGUGCUGUAAUGAUCGGCGUUGGACGUGUCGUCACUACCGUGCUGCUGGGUACCAUCUUGGAGCGCUGGGGUCGUCGCCGUUCGGGCAUGGUGUCGGCACUUGGCAUGUGCGUUUGUAUGUUUCUGCUGGCCGGUCACAAUUGGAAUGCAUGGCUGCAGCGUAUACCAUAUCUACCGGUCAUUGCAAUUAUCGCUUUCAUUGUCUUGAGCACAUUCGGUCUCUACACGCUACCCUUUUUCAUGAUAUCCGAGCUAUUCCCGCAGAGAGUGCGUGGCGCCGCUUCGGGCCUAACAGUGGCGGUGGGCAUGUGCUUUGCCUUUAUCUGCAUUAAGACAUAUCCAGCGCUGAAAGCAUCUCUGGGUAAUGAAUGCUGCUUUGUUGGCUAUGGUAUUAUGGCGUUCUUGGCAGCGAUCUACGUAUACACGGUGUUGCCUGAGACGCGUGGACGUACGCUACUUGCCAUUGAAGAUCAGUUCCGCACUGGCGUUAAGUCGCAGCGUUAUCAAGCGGCUGCGGUGGAAAUGCAGGAAGUAACGGUCAAAUAAGUUGAUCACGUGGGAAUAUGUGUGAGUAAAUUAAAUAACUAAUCUUCGUAUUUGUAGUGUAAUUAGGAAGUGAAAGUUGCUCUUAGUUAAAGCGUUUGCGGUAGAGUUGCAGCGCGUGAGCUAAGUAGUGCUGCCUGUUAGUACAUUAGAUUAAAGAAAUUUGCAUUUUAUUUUGUACAAAAAAAAAACACAAGUACUGUAAAAACAAAAAAAAAAACUUAAUUUUGUAUGUUAAAUAAACUGUGAUAGGUGAAGUUAUGUAAAAAAAUACGUUUAGGCUUAUACAAUACAUACAAACAUAUGUACAUAUCUUUUUAUAUUGUAUCCACAACUAAGCAAC